GCUCGGCCUCCACCCAGAGAACAGUGUUGUCUGCAGCCAAACCCAAGAUCACCCUGGACCCUCACAUACGCCUCAAGUCUGACAAACUGGACCUGUCCCUGCUCCCUGGCUCUGGUUCCUGCCUGGUACAGGGUUGCGUUGCCGGAGGGAGCACUUUAACAUCGCACACAGACACAAUGCUCUACAGCUUUACUGUACUGGUUAACUGUGGUGACAGAGACAGGGCGUUGUCGUACCUGGGUCUGGACGUGACGGAGGAGAAGAGGAGGAAGCUGAGACAAAAUCUUAUCACUGACCCACAGGGAACCGUGUCCUACGGAGACUUUGUUGAGGCCACACGCAACGUCUACCAAGAGAAUCUGGAGGAGGCGGGACUAGGGCAGAAAGAGUUCAUGUUCUCCUAUCACGAAGCAGCUAGCUUGAUGGACACCUCUGCCUUCCACUCCCCGACCUUUGAUUCAGAUUCCUACAGUAGUGAAGAACUGGAGCACUUUCAGGCGGAGGUGAAACAGCUGCAGAACCAGAUUGGGUCCUGUGUCACAUCUCUGUGUGUUAUAACCACUGGCUAA